AUGCUGGUCUUGCAGCGGAUGCGGAGGAGGUUCUCCCGUAGUAAGAGCGUCCCAACGACCACCGAUGCUGGCACUGGCGACGAUGAACUUCAGCCUUGCCCAAGGAAAGCCUUCUCAUUAACCCCAUCGGAUGAAGAACUAAUGUCAAAACUAACAUUCAGCGAGGACACUCAACUCAUUGAGCGUGCUCCACGACAACAAACUCCUUCCAUCGCCACUGGCUAUUCAGAACGGACCGUCUUCAACAGCGUUGACACCGGCUUCCUUUCUUUGCCUACAGAGUUACUUAUGUUUCUUCAGCCAUAUUUGACCCUGGGCAGUGAAGUGGCACUCCGUCAUUCAUGUUCAAGGUUCUUUCAACUGUACACCACACCAUCAUUCAUCCUUACUGGGGAGGAGCUGUUUAACUUUCUGUGCAUGACCGAAAGAGAUCAAGAUCCUGCAGAACUAGAAAAGCUCGUCUGUGGACAUUGUCAGGAACUCCAUCAUCGCUCCACCUUUCCUGCAGCUGAGAUCAAACAGCCACCGACUGUUCGAGACUGUAGACAAAUAUGGCUUUGUGCGCAUCGCCAUCUUGGGUAUCAAAAGAGUGUACGCAUGCUCAAAGCUGGCGUCGAGUCACCCUUCCGUGUCGAGAAUUUGUUGCCUUGUUCACGAUGCAGAAGUUCAAUUCGCAAUAGAUCGGUAGCCGACCGGCCUGAGAAAGGAAAUCCUCUAGCCGACUUGGAGAAUCCAAAGUCAGAGUCUUUACUGAUAUCCAAGAUUGGCCUACUCCAAACACCCUCGCCGCUGUAUAAUGUUCGAACGAGCGGAGGGAGUGGAAUGUAUAAGGAGAUCUUUCAGGCUAAAUCUGUCUCGGCGGCUCUUCAGGCCAUCAAUUUCCGAAUUUGCCCCCAUAUUCAACUGGGGGAUCCUUAUAUUCUAAGCAAAUUUUGCAGGGCUUGUAUCAACACUCAACGGCUACCACCGGGAGUGAAAAGCCCACCUUGUAUAAACGAGAACAAAAGAGAUAUUAGCGAGGGCAAGGCUCGUUCGAAGUGCAAGGGAACUUGCUUUACUCGAGGCUGCAAGACUCAAUUCAUGUUCCAAGCAAGAGAAAGCCUGGCUCCGGAUGCGUCAGGACGGCAUCAGGUAUGGCUUAUUAUAGUGGUCUAUCGUUGGCUGGGGCCGCUUCUAACCGACGCACCCGAUUCCACAUGGCGUGGUCACGCUGUCGACCAUAAUGAGCGGAAGGAGAUGCGCAGCCAAUGGGUAGCCUGGGAACGCGCAAACAGGCAAGGGCGUGAAUGUAUACCGAACUGGAGCAUAUGCUUGCUUCAUCCAGAGGAUUCAAACCUUCGCUGA